ACAGGCUACAGCUACGAGCUACCAAUAAUGUACUGGCACUGCUCAAGUCUCCGACUCUGGAAUCUCGACUUCAAUGGCGGGCGGGGAUCAGGAAAUAUAUUUAAAAAAGAGGAAAGAAAAUAAUUCCCUGCCGCGUCUUCCUCAAUCAAUCAUUCAUUCUACUCGUUGAUUAGUUCGAGACUUCCGAGAAGUAGCCUCAGAUCCCAAGGGUCAAGGCCAUAUUAUUUAUAUACCUAAAAUUCUACAUAGCAUUUCACACAAUCGCAUUUUUGUCUUACAGUUGUUCCAAAAGGCCUUUCAUAGCGAUCUCUUCUCCUUUCAUCUCCGGCCGAAUCAACAAGAAGAAGGAAAAAUGCCUCAAGGUGUUCUUGAAGUCCUUCUCGUCAGUGCAAAGGGCCUGGAGAACACUGAUUUCCUCAAUGACAUGGACCCUUACGUGAUCCUGACUUGCCGCACCCAUGAGCAGAAAAGCAGCGUCGCUUCAGGAAAGGGGUGCGAGCCGGAGUGGAAUGAGAAUUUUGUGUUUACAGUAUCAGAAGGAACCAGCGAGCUCUGCUUCAAAAUCAUGGACAGUGACGCUGGCACGGCCGAUGAUUUUGUAGGCGACGCCACAAUUCCAUUAGAUGCAGUGUUCGAUGAAGGAAGCGUCCCACCAACAUCAUACAAUGUGGUUAAGGAUGGUGAAUACAAAGGCUCCAUCCGAGUUGGCCUCACCUUCAAAAGAGAGGAACACCGAAGCCGCGGAUUUGAAGAAGAAAGCUUUGGCGGGUGGAAGCAGUCUGAAGCAUCAUACUGAGAAUGGAUUUGGGAGUCAUAUAAGCUUUGUUGUCAUGAAUUUGCCGGGUUUCUGUGUUUUCUUCUUGGAGAUGAAUGUGUCUUCGUGUCAGUAAGAAUUUGGUGUUUUAACUGCAGAAUGUAGCAUAUCAAACAUUUGCUUGCUUUCAGUUUACUGUAUUUUGCCCUGUUCAUGUUUGUUGCUAGUGAAUUCUCUUUUUGUGGCAUCCUAAAUCUCAUAUUCAGAAGAGCAAUGUAGGCACAAGGAAUGAAGAAACAUAUUCUCAUAUAAGUUCCAUGCAUGGUCCGAUGAAGUCUCAAUCUAUCGAAGAAACUUUCAGUACAUUUUAGAUGGGAAGAAGUCUUGGCAUCAGUCAAUCUUUACUUGCCCUUUCUUGAUUGCUCUCCACUCGAACCCAGCUGUGGGUUGCCAUUCCCGAAUUCAUAAUAAUCCUUCUCAGGAGCAGUCUCAAAAUGGACAGAAACAUCAGAAUCAAAGGACACAGGGAACCCGAAAUUUGGAAGCUCCUUGCACCUUUUCACAUCUCUGUCAAACUCAAUCAACUCCUUCUCCAUGUUAUUAUAAUAACCGAAGGGAGGGAGGAUCGCAGAAGGAUCAGGCACAUUCUCACAUGCAUAUUCAACGAAGGGAUCCGACAUCGCUUCCUCAUAGAACUGCUUGGCUUUACGCCACCCAGGUUCCUCUAUAACUUCAUACUCACAUCCCAGAACUUUCAGUGCAAACUGUAUGUAAUUCUUUGACAACAUCUCCUUAUGAAAUCUCAGUGGUGGUGGUGCCACUCCACCAUUCUUCUCAUUAGGUUGUUGUUCCACAUUCUCCUCAGUUUGCUUUUCUUCCACCUUGUCAAUGUCCAUCUCAUGAACCUCCAAGCUCUGUGCAUAUAACUUGGACCUCUGUCUGGCUGACCUACGACCUGUUUUCCUAGGAGGAGUGGGGUCUAGCAGAAGGGUAUGCAUCUCGGGCUGAAUCUCAGCAUGUCGUUCGGAUGAACUACGUAAUGAAGAAGAGGAAGAUUUGAUUGAGUUGGUUACUGGUUGUUCCUUGUCUUCUUCCAUGGCUGUGGCCUCCCAAGCUUGGAGAGCUGGAUUGUUAGUGAUUUGUUGGGUGGAUGAUCCUUCUUCAUCUUUGGAAACCAGGGGAAACCUCACGUUUCCUGAAACUGCUGAGUUGUAGGUUUCUGCAAGCACAUACACAUUGUUUGACAAUCGAUCGUUUCAUGAACAAGAUCGGUGUAAAGGAAUUCGAAUUCCGUACCUUCUGGUAGUAAAGGAAGAAGCUCUGGUUGCAGCAGUUUAGUUCCAGGUAAUGCCUAUUGCCAUAAGAAUGGAAACACAUGGAAAAUAUGAGAUAAUAGUUUUAACCAUGCUUUACUGUGACAUACUAAAGCUUCGGCUUAGUAACAGUAAACAGGGGAAAGGGAGAUGAAAUAGGUAAUUACCUGCUGGUUAGAGUUGUCACCAUUAUUCUCCCCGACAAGCUUGAGAUAAGAGAGUACCUUGGGUUUUGAAUAAAACCUUUUCCCUGUUGCUAACUCUGUAUAGCACUGCAAUUACAAGUGCAACGAGAUGAAGCUAAAGUUAGAAAGCGAAAAGCAAGCUUGUUAUUUGAGAAUUCAGAUUAACGUGUUUCUGACCGACGAAUGAGUGGAUUUGAAAUUCAUGAA